AACUAUUGGCAAUUUGGCAUUCCUUCAUUCAUAAACUGCAAUUUGGCAUUGUUUUCUGUCGUCCCCUGAUCUCAAGUUUUCUCUGGUCGACAAACAGAAUUUUUCUGACUGGUGUGGAUAAAUAGGGAUUAAAGAUGUUGGGAGACUUCAUCACCAGAACUCUUAUAUUGCUUCUUGGAUAUGGAUAUCCGGCAUUCGAGUGCUUCAAGGCGACAGAGCUCAAUAGGGUGUCUGUGGAAGAACUCAGAUUCUGGUGUCAAUAUUGGACCAUUGUAGCAGUUCUUACAAUCUGUGAGAGGAUAGGGGAUACAUUUAUCUCAUGGUUGCCCAUGUAUGGGGAGAUGAAACUGGCAUUCUUCAUAUACUUAUGGUAUCCAAAAUUCAAGGGGACUGGCUUUGUCUAUGAUAAGUUGUUGCGGCCUUACAUCACAAAUAAUGAACCAGACCUUGAAAGGAAGUUGCAGAACUUGAGGGCAAGAGCAUGGGACUUUGCUAUCUAUUACUGGAAUAACUACACAGAUUUGGGUCAGACAAAAUUCUUCGAAAUGCUUCAGUUUUUGGGAAAUCAAUCAGGGAAGUCCGGCAUUAUUGGCAGUGAGGCUGACCAGCACUGUCCAAGUGCGCCGUUGCUGUCUCCAGACAACUCAAGCAAACAUUCAAGCAAGAAGAAGAAGUGACCAGGUAGCACUUCUCCAGAUGGAUCAAGCAAACAUUCAAGCAAGAAGAAGGAGCUCAGGCACCGGCUCUGGCGCUUCAGACCAUUUUAGCGGCUUUGAUAAAUUGUAAAACAACAUUUGUAUAAAAACUACAAGAACAACCCAACAAAGGAAAACAAGAAUUAAAUUCAUUUCA